AUGGCUAAUACAAACCAAGAAUCAAACACAACUGUCAACAAAUUAUCAAAUAAUAUCAAGCCAUUCCAUGAUACAUUUGAUAUUAUUGAUGAAACAAAUGAUGGGCUUCAAUUUUCAAAAGAUAUAUUAAAUCAAUAUUUCUUAUCGGGUCAAUUAAAAUCAAUGAUAUAUGAAGAAGAAAUUAUUCAAUAUGAUAUUUUCAAAGAUUCCGAUUAUGUUGAAGUAUUACAUUUGAACGAAGAAGGAGAACAACAAGAUGUUGAGUCUAUUUUAUCACAAAAAUUAAGUCAAUUAUCAACAGCAGAUCAAAAUGAAAUCAAUUCAUUAAAUCCUAGUGAUAAAAAACGACGUUCAAAUUUUCUAGCUAGUCCAAAUCCAAAUUCAAAGAAAAUGAAAAUGGCUAAUUAUGAUAGUGAUGAAGAUUUUGAUAUUAAUGAUAAUUCUACAAAACAAAAUGAAAUACCAAAUUAUUUAUCACUGGAUAAUAAAACAUUUGUUCGUAAAAUAAAAAAUAUACUAAAAAAUGUUCAAUCUAUUAGUAUAAAUGAUAUGCAAAAAUUGGCUUUAUUAAUGCAUCAAAUUGCUUAUCUUCGUUUCGAAAAAGAAAUGACAACUAUCUAUUUACAAUCCGUA